UACAAAAAUUAAAAGUUAAAAUAGACUGGUGGCAGUCGUGCAAAUUACUUUUGUAUACAAUGGCGGCACCCACGAUCUCAAGACUCGCUUUUGGGCUGAAAACUAUAGGACAGAAUGGAACACGUAGUAUUUCAACCAGUUACUGCUGCUUGGUGGAAGAAGAUUGGAGAUAUAAGAAUGGUAUGCCGAGAAACUCGAAUGCGUACGGUCCUCUGACAGACGGACGUGACUUUACUUUUGUUGAUGGAAGACCAACCCCAGUUAAUUCUGGUCAGCGAAGACGUCUGGAACAGAAUAAGCUGCAUGCUGAUAAAAUUAUUCAAAUUGUAAAAGAAAUGAAUUUUGCUGUUGAACGAAACAGAGGACUGAAACAACUGAAGGAAGAAAAACGAAGAGAGAUCUUGGAUUCCAAAUUGAAACCUAAAGGUCACUUGCUGCUUUCUAAAGACAAAUGAAGAUUGAAAACAUUUACUAGUAAAAUAUAAUUCAUGCCUAAAAUACAAAAGUUGCUAAAAAAUUCACCAAUUUCCUGAUA